AUGAUUGAUACCUUCAUUGCCUCGAGAUCCGAGUUCUUAUGCCACUGGACUUCACCAGUCCAGGUCGGAGGCACGAAAUGUUCAGUACUAUGCGGUGGAGGGGAUCAUCUUCUCCAGGAAUUGAGUCUGGUUCACGACACUGCGCUAUCCGUGGACGUGACCGAGUUGGCUCGGGAUGUGUGCAGGGCUUGCUCUCACCGAGAACCCAUUCAAAUUAAGCGGGUUCAUACAGCGUUCAAGUUCUGGAUUUUGACGCCGAUCUCCUUCGUCCCAGUCCGAAAUCAUGGCUCAAAUGGUGACAACGCGCCGAGCAGGGCAACAGGAGCGAAUGACGCUACUGGCAUCCUGCUCCUGGUAGCUGACCUUGUAAAGUCCCCGGCACUUGAUCGUAACGUACUUCGGGACUGCUUGAUUCCUUUGAUUCCUGUUUCGCAGCUCGCCUCGUGGAGCGACGUACGAGAAGUUCGAGAGACUCGCCUUAAUCGUAAACAGGGACUUCACCAGCGUAUCGCUUCUGGAGGCCGGUUGGAGAUCCCUACUGGUGUUGUUAGGAUGGUAGAAAGUCAACAGCGGAUGCAAAUCUGGCGGCCUAGGCAUAUCCUUCAAUCAAGAGAAGAAAUUUGA